CCGCUGAGGUUUCGGUUUCGUUUCUGGUUCUGUCUCUCCAGGAGCGCGCAGACAUGGGCGCUGGCUGACGGUCACUUUGGGAUGAAUGUGUUGCAGUUCCACCACUUCACGCCAGAGAAAUACAAAACUUAGCUUCAACCAAGGGCGACAGUCGGAUUAAGUGUGAGGUGCUGUCAGGAUGCAGAGGGGUUUCCAGUUGGGCCUGCUGCUUCUGGCCUUCCAGCUAUUCCAGGAGGGUCUGGGCAACAUCCCAGCAGUCACCCUGACUGUCCUGGGAUUCAAUGUGUAUCUGUACAUGUUCCCUGCCGCUCCGCUGAUGAAGGCCUGUGUGAGCCUCCAGUAUGUGUACAAGGAUAAAGACUGGCGUCGCCUCUUCCUCUCCCCCCUGCACCACGUCGAUGACUGGCAUCUCUACUUCAACAUGGUGUCCUUCCUCUGGAAAGGUAUCAGGCUGGAGCGCCGUCUGGGCGGAGGCUGGUUCCUCUACCUGCUGUCAGUCUUCUCUCUGCUCACCGGAUUGGUCUAUCUGCUGCUGCAGGCGGCGCUGACAACCCUCAUGAAAGACUCUGAUCUGUUAGCAGAAUUCAUAGACGUGUCAUCGCACAGUAGGGAGUGUGCUGUCGGCUUCUCAGGUGUCCUGUUCGCUCUGAAGGUGGUCACUAACCAUUAUAACCCAGGUGGCGUCACGUUCGUGUUGAAUAUUCGUGUGUCCAACCGCUUCGCUAGCUGGGUGGAGCUGGUGAUGAUCUAUCUAAUUGCUCCGGGGACUUCUUUGAUUGGCCACCUGGCAGGUAUCCUGGUGGGUUUGCUCUACACUGUGGGUCCACUGGAGACCAUCAUGAAGACAAGUGCAGAUGGAAAUAAUCCUCGAACAAGUUCAUACUUCAACUUUUCAGGUUACAGUGGGACUACACGAGAACACUCAGAAGAUCCACAGCAUGCAGAAGAUCAUACUGUAGAUGAUGCAUCUAAAUCUGAUAUUGCAAGACUGACAGAGGAAGAGCAGUUAGAGAUGGCAAUCAGAAACAGCCUGAAUGAUGGAGGACGAACCAGGCAGAGAGAAACUGCACGUCCAGCUUAUGGUGUCCACCCCACUGCGGAGGAGGUGAGACUUGAGGAGCUCAGGAGGAGGAGAUUGAGGAGGUUUGGAGAAGUUUCCAACAAGCGGAGGAGAAGAUUGUAAUAAUGACACUUUCACAAUAUCUCAUAUAAUCAGUCUCCUACCAACAGUACAUCGCAGUGUGAAAAUUGUUGGGGUAGCUUCUUUCCAUCACUCUGUCUACUUUGUGCUUUUGUGUUUCUCGUGAGGACUUUCUUGUUGAGAACACACCAGAUCUUAUCACUGCUUUAUGGGCAGAAGCUGAAUGAAGGAUUUGGUCUGUGCGCUAGAAAUAAAACUCUACAUUAUGGGGUAUUAUGUGGCAGAUUAUUCCUUGGUGGGGACCAGUUGUCCGGCUAAGCAGAGACUAGAGGAAGUUACUGAUCACUUGACGGACACUUGAUAUGAUCUGGUCACUUCCAUGUACAUAAAUGUAUAUUUGCAGAUUUUAAAUGUACCCUUCCACAGGCACUAUCACACUUAUAAUAAUUUAUUUUACAAUGCAUUCUAUAUUCUGUAGGAUUGCCGCUCUCUUUAUUGUUUACUUUUUCAUCUUCUGUAAGGCCUACUUCAUAGCUGGCAUUUUUUCUGUUCUGACUAGGGAAUAGUCGAACUCGAACCUUUCCUUAAAAACCAUCUGCUAUUAGAUAAAAUGUUUAGCUCCUGGACGUAGACUUGUUUGUUGUUAAAAACAACAACAUUUACCAGGACAAUGUACAUACAGGUGGAUUUUUCAAUUUAUGCCGAUUAACCACUUCCUAUUGCUAACAUUCAGUUUUUGUUCCCUUUAACCCUUUAAUCUUUCUCCAACCUCAGCAAAGUUUUUUUUUUUUUGUCUAAACAUUACCAAACCAUAACAACACAGAGGUGGCAGAUCAGAAACCAGCAAUCCUUUUGGUAUUUGUCAUGUUUGUAGUGGUUCUGUUCAAAUUACAGUUUUGCACAAUAAAGAUUUACUUCUUUUCAAA